GUCACGUUUGUAGCUUUCAGUUUUACAUAUCUUGACAUAUUCGCAGCAUUUAUAUAGGCCGGAAUUAUUAGGGAUUACCCGGCUCUCUGAAUUUUUCGAGGACACGCUACUCGACAAUUUACUGAACGCUUCGCUCUAAACCUGCUUCAUCUGGUUUUGUGACGACCUCCGUUUUAUCAUCGUAUCUAUCAAGACUUCUAUUGCAUUGAUUUCUUAUUCUAUUGUUUUCUGUCGAACUACAAAUCGGCAGCAAAUUGUUUUUUACGACAAACAAUGCAAAAUCAUGAGGUUCUACGAGAAUCCAGAUCACGUGCCUUUGGAGGAACUGCAGCUGAAUAUUAAGAAUGAUGGGGUGAUUGUUGUGAUAGAUGCAUUGAAUAUGAAGUGGGCAGAUAAACGUUACUUUCUAAGUUACGUAGCGCCAGAGAUAUACAAUGAAGAUGGAUCAGAAAUUAUGGGUGCUAAGGAUCAUUGGAUGGAAAUUGUGAGUUACAUAAUUGAAGAUUUAAACUGGUUACUGGCUCUUCCAUUUUAUCGAUUCUGGUCCAAUAUUAUAUACAAUACAUCGAUUAUGGAUACGUUAGUUUCUUUUUUACUUCCUGCUGACCCAAAAAUGCUCGAGUUAUUAGAGAAUCUUCGUCGCAACGUACUUAUCGUCUUCGCGCGUCUCUGCACAAACAAGCAGAGUCCAGCAGAAUACAUGAACCGUCCGUAUCUUGGGAAACUAUUGUAUGAGUAUUACAUAUUCACGAUACCGAUUAUAUUUGAUCUGUGUCAACUGUAUGGUAGAGAAAGUACCAAAGUAGUAGAGAAAAUUGUAGAGAGCAUAUUUAAUCUACAGCCAAUGUACAAUGAUGACCUUCAGAAAUCUAUACCAUGCCUUAUAAAGGCUCUCGAAAAUGUCGAACGAAGAUUUGAGAAUUAUCCAAGUAAUGUUACUGAAGCAGUGGCGCUUUCAGAGAGAGAAGGCUCCAUUGAGAUGACAGUGUAUAAUUUAGAGGAUUUAAUACUCUAUAUUCUAGAUAUAUCAUCAACUCUUACUGUAUUGUUAAGAGUCUAUCCUCUAUUAACUGCCAUAUUUCACAAAGAUGACUUCAUAAACAAGAUAGUUUCAAUAUAUGGGAGUACAAUACCUGAAAUGUAUAAAAAGUUAGACAAGUUAGCAUACAGCGAGGAAAAUAUGCCAAAGUACAUCGAAUUGAAGCAUCGUCUCGAUGUAACCAGAGUUGAAAUGUUAAACCUUUAUCGAAUUAUUAUUUAUGAACCCGUAUUACAAAUUCAAGAAAAAAUAAACACAAUAACGGAAAACGAGAUAAGAAAUUGCGUAGAUAAAUAUUUGGAUUCACUAAUAAAUGCUAUCUCUGAAAAAGAAUUCAUUAUAGAUUAUCAUCAGUUUUAUCCAGUUGAUGCCGAUCUUCAAAUUAUGACUAAACUUUAUCCUGAAAUUGAUAUGAUAAAAAGCAAAUAUAUAUUGCAAUCAUUGCAUGCAUCGAUUGGAGAUACCAAGAUGUUAGCUAAUGCAUCACUCAAUGAUACAAAUACAGCUGUUGCUGGAUCUAGCGGUAUUCAAAAUAACCAACGAAAAGAACAUUCCAAUGAUGUGAAUCGCAUGAACAAUAAGAUAGAAUCUGGUUCAAAAUAUCCCGACAACUUAAUGUCUCUUAUCUCGGAGGUAAAAGAAAUUUUGUGCGAAUGUGGUGAAGGUUUUAUACAGCUAUGUUUAGAGUAUUACAAGUAUAACAUUGAAUCUGUGGUAAAUGCAGUUCUGGAGAACAAGUUGCCACAUAAUUUGAAAGAAUUAGAUAGGACAAUACCAUAUAUACCACCUGAUCCAAUGGAAACAUCGGCUGCUAUGGACCUGGCUACCAUAAAUCUGGCCAACGAUUUUCAAGAGUUGAAUGUUUCCUACAAUGAUAAAUUUGAAGUCGCGACAGAGAAAUUUACAGACGUGUCAGACAUAAGGAAAAAGAAAGAUAAAUACAGAAACGCAAAUGAAAUGUUGAACGACAAAUCUGCAAUUAGAGAAGCGAGGAAUAUCUAUGAAAAAUACAGCAUUGUUAUCGAUGAAUACGAUGAUGAAUAUGAUGACACGUAUGAUAGUCAUGACAUACGUGGUAGUGCACAGGAUGAUUCUACAGAGGUAGAUGCAAGAUCUUUCACUACUCCAAGGGUAUUUCAGACAUUCGAUAAAACUAAUGCCAGCUCCGAGGAUGAUACAGAGAUAGAAGACGAGAAACCUGUACAAAAUAGUAACCAUUUUGUACAAGAUCCAGCGGAAUUACGUGCUAAAGCCGAACAACGAAAACAAUCAAGAGAAGGUAAAUCCAAAGAUGGUAAACAAGACAAAAACGGGCCAGUUAACAAGAGAAAAAGUGUACACAAGGCUACACAUGGCAAUCAUAAUCGGCGAAUGGGUGCAGAAAUAAAAAGAAAACAAGGAAUGAUUCCAUCUUAAAGCGGCACAUUUUUGCAAAAGAUCUCAUAAUGUAUAUACUGCCAAGCAAUAAAUUUAUUUAGUAUAUUAGCUAUUUAAUCAUUCCAUAAAAAUAAAC